GAGAGGUCGUGAGAACCAGACGAGUACACGGAGCAGCAACAGCAUGCCUCCUUUCGACAAGACCCAACAUCCCAAGCCUUUUAAACAGCGGAAAAGCUUCGCAGUCAGAAAACAAGAAGUUGCUGGGAUUCGUACUAAAUUUCCAACCAAAAUACCGGUCAUAAUCGAAAGGUAUCAGCGAGAGAAAUAUCUUCCGACCUUAGACAAGACCAAGUUUCUGGUUCCUCAGGAGCUCACAAUAACUCAGUUUGUCACAAUUUUAAGAAACCGCAUGACUCUGAUGCCAAGCCAAGCGUUCUAUCUGCUUCUGCACAACAAAGGCAUUGCUAGCAUGUCCUUAACCAUGGCCCAAGUCUACAAAGAGUACAGGGACGAAGAUGGCUUUCUGUAUAUGACCUACGCGUCCCAAGAAAUGUUUGGACAGUGUUUGGACGUAACCCAAAUGUUGCUGGUCGAACCGGGGAUCCAAAAGACUUCUUUAUAAUUGGCCUCUGGAGAGGAUUUUAACUACCAUCAGCUUGAUCUAUGUAUUGUGUGUCUACUCUGUAUUGUCUGUUUACACUGCUGUCGUUUUAAUAAUGUAAAUGUGGUUAAUAAAUUAAUUGUUUUCCAAAAAA